AUGCAGUCCUCCCUCGUGGCAUCCCGAUACGCUGAAGGAGAUGUAUUAGUGUCCAGCGACUCCGCCGUGUCUGGCCCAUCAUCCUGCUGCGUGUCAUCACUUUCGUCUUCCGCGCUCCCCGCCUCUGCCCACAGACGCUGCUACGAUGCGCUGCCGCUACCACUGCCAUGCUUCUCUCCGCCUAAGCCCUGCGGCGUGGAGCCAGAGUCAAGCUCUACUAUUUCCCUCGCCAGCAUCGGCGGGUUGGUGGGGGAGCUGCUGGCCCUGCUGCGGACUACCGAGUACGACGUGUAUCACGUUCAGUGUGUCGCAACAGAGGCUAUGGCGUGCCUCCAGAUGGUGCACCUGCAUCUUAUUGAACGCACGUUGAUGGCCACUGCCGGAUUGGUGGAGGCGCUCCCACUGCGAGGGGAAGGAUAA